AUGCACCUGCCAGCUUGGGAUCCAUCUGUGUUUGAGAGAGCAGGAGAAGUGAUACGGCAGAACCAACAGCAGAUGAGCCUGGUCCUGCACUGCCAUCGGCCAGCACAAUCACUGAGAAAGGACCUCUGCUGUGCCAUUCUCAGUAUUCUACCACACAUCACCUCUCUCAGAUUCACAGAAGAGGACAUGAAUGAGUAUCCAAAGAAAGUGUUCCGGUUCCUGCUGGAUCUGAGUGUAGCAGCAGUGGUGUCUGAUUCAGCUACAGGAGAGAGCUUCUCUGAACUCUUGUGCUCUGUGUGCACCUUCCCUUUUGAAGAAAUUGAUAAACAUGCUCAUUAUUACAAUGGUUCUCACAAUGAGUUUCUGCUGGAUCUGUGUUCGAGAGUGAAAGAUAUUGACAUUUCAAAGGGCAGGAGUCUCUUGCCUGUACUAAAGCCAUUUUACCAGACUGGUCCUGCAGUCUGGACCAUAGACCUCUCAAAGACAAAGGCCUCCCUCCUCCUAGAAGUGCUGAAACUCCAACCAUACAAGAAACCAGUAGAGCUGUGGGGUUGGUCAGAGGAAGAGAGUGAAGUGAGGUGUUUCCUUCAAUGUCUGCCAUACAUCUCACAUCUCAGAUUCACAGAAGAGAACAUGAAUGAGUAUCCAAAGGAAGUGCUCCGGUUACUGCUAAAGCUGAGUGUGGCAGCAGCUGUGUCUGAUUCAGCUACAGGAGGGAAUUUCUCAGAGCUCUUGUGCUCUGUGUGCACCUUCCCUUUUAUGGAGAUCGAUAGACGUGUUGAUUAUUUCAAUGGUUCUCAUCAUGAGUUUCUGCUGGAUCUGUAUUCCUGUGUGAAGGACAUUGAGAUUGAAACAGGAAGAAGUCUCUUGCUUGCAAUUAAGCCAUUUUACCAGUCAGGUCCUGCAGUCUGGACCAUAGACCUCUCAAAGACAAAGGCCUCCCUCCUCCUAGAAGUGCUGAAACUCCAACCACACAAGAAGCCAGUAGAGCUGUGGGGUUGGUCAGAUGAAGAGAGUGAAGUGAGGAGUUUCCUUCAGUGUCUGCCCUACAUCUCUCAGCUCAGAUUCAUACAAAUGCAAAAUAAGGAUCCAGAGGAUUGGAUGAAGAAUGAUGAGAGAUCAUUCCACCUGGAUCUGUGUAUGCAAGCAGCUCUUUGUCAAGAAGAAUUCACUUACUCUGUCGUUCAGACACUUCUGUAUCUUCUUGACAUUUCUGAUGAAUCGAAUUUCAUGUUUGACCUUUAUGCACAUGUGAAAGGAAUUGAGUUUGAAACGCAAAGGAAAGUACUCAAAGUGUUACAUUCAGUUUACCAGUCUGUUCCAGAAAGUUGGUCCGUAGACCUCUCAGAGAGACAGGCCUCCCUUUUCCAAGAAAUAUUGGAAUUCCAAAUGGAGAAGAGACCAGUAGAACUGACAGGCUGGUCAGAAGAUGAGAGUGAAAUGAGGAGUUUCUUACAGUGUCUGCCCUUCAUCUCACAGUUGAGCUGUAACCCACCACGGACGCAGAUGCAGUCGUAUGAAGAAUGGAUACAGAGUGUGAGGGGAUUUCAGAUGGAUUUGUGUCAGCAAGGAUUGCUCCAUGAAAAAGAAUGUGGCCAUACAGGUGUACAGAGACUGCUUAGCCUCUGCAGUCUUCAUGAUAACUCUGACUUUUUGUUGGAUCUUUACUUUUACAUGAGGGACUGUGAAAAUCAAACAGGGAGGAAACUGCUUUCAGCACUACAGAAAGUGUUUCUAUCAGUUCCUGUAGUCUGGUCCAUAGAUCUCUCAGAAGGAAAGAUCUCUAUCUUUUUAGAAGUGCUGAAACUCCAAACACAGAAGAAACCAGUAGAGCUGACGGGCUGGUCAGAUGAAGAGAGUGAAGAGCGGAGUUUCUUUCAGUGUCUGCCAUACAUCUCACAGCUCAGACUUAACUUGCCAGGACCUUUUGAAGAGAGAAAGGAGAGAUAUAAGACACUCCGUUUGGGUCUGUGCCUGAAAGCUGCUCUUUAUUGUGAAGAACAUAGCCUCUCCAAUGUGCAGACACUGCUUAAUCUUUUACAUACUAGGGACAACUCUGAAUUUCUGCUUGACUUGUUCUCUCAUGUGAUGGACUUUGAGUCUAAAACAGGCAGUAGGCUUCUUCCAGCAUUUCAGCCAGUGUAUGAGGCAGGUCCUGCUGUCUGGUCCAUAGACCUCUCCAAGAGAAAAGUCUCCCUCCUCCUAGAAGUGCUGAAACUCCAAACGCAGAAGAAACCAGUAGAGCUGAGAGGCUGGUCAGAUGAAGAGAGCGAAGUGAGGAGUUUUCUUCACUGUCUGCCCUACAUCUCACAGCUUAGAUUCACUCCACCACAGCUUGCCAAUGUAUCCUUUGAGGAAUGGGAAUGGAAGGUGAAGUCAUUCCAUCUGGAACUCUGUCUACAGACAGUUCUCUGUGAAAGGGAAUCUGUAGUAGCCACUGUCAGGUCACUGCUUACACUCUCUAGUGUUUAUAAUGAAUCUGAUUUCCUCUUGGAGCUGUACUAUUAUGUGAGGGACAAUGAGUCAUAUAUUGAAAGGAGUCUCAUGCCAGCACUGCGACCAGUUUAUCAGUCAGCUCCUGAAGUCUGGUCCAUAGACCUCUCAAAGACAAAGGUCUCUCUCCUACCAGAAGUGCUGAAACUCCAAACACAGAAGAAACCAGUAGAGCUGAGAGGCUGGUCAGAUGAAGAGAGUGAAGUGAGGAGUUUAAUUCAGUGUCUGCCCUACAUCUCACAGCUCAGAUUCAAUGGACUGUGUUUUUUUAAUUCAAGAGGAUUGUUCCAGUUCCUGGUGAAUCUAAGUGUAGCAGCAGCUGUGUCUGAGUCAGCUGCAGGAGAGAGUUUCCCUGAGCUCUUGUGCUCUGUGUGCACCUUCCCUUUUGAGGAGAUUGACAGAUGUGUUCAUUAUUACAAUGGUUCUCAUCAAGAGUUUCUGCUGAAUCUGUGUUCCCGGGUAAAGGACAUUGAGAUUGAAACAGGAAGAAGUCUCUUGCCUGCACUUAAACCAUUUUACCAGUCAGGUCCUGAAGACUGGCUUCUAAACUUCACAAAGAUAAAGGUCUCCAUCUUCCUUGAAGUGCUGAAACUUCUCAACCAGAAGAAACCAGUAGAAGUGUUGAUAUGGCCAGAUGAAGAGAGUGAAGUGAAGAGUUUUGUUCAGUGUUUGCCCUACGUCUCACAGCUCAGAUUCCAAGAGGUUUCUGCUUAUGAUGAUCCAAGGGGAUUGUUUGAGUUCCUGCUGGAUCUGAGUGUAGCAGCAGCGGUUUCUGAUUCAGCUACAGGAGAGAGUUUCUCUGAGCUCUUGUGCUCUUUGUGCACCUUCCCUUUUGAGGAGAUUAAUAAGUAUACUUAUUAUUUCAAUGGUUCUCAUCAGACGCUCUUGCUGGAUUUGUGUUCUCGUGUGAAGGACAUUGAGAUCAAACCAGGCAGAAGUCUCUUGUCUGCACUUAAUAAAUAUGGUCAUUAUUACUAUGGUUCUCAUCAUGAGUUUCUGCUGGAUCUGUGUUCCCGUGUGAUGGACAUUGAGAUUAAAACAGGUAGAAGUAUCUUGUCUGCACUUAAUCCAUUUUACCAAUCAGAUCCUGGUGACUGGUUUAUAAACCUCAGAGAGAGAAAGGCCUCCGUUUUCCUCGAAGUGCUGAAACUCCUCAAACAGAAGAAACCAGUAGAGGUGUUGAUAUGGCCAGAUGAAGAGAAUGAAGUGAGGAGUUUCCUUCAGUGUCUGCCCUACAUCUCACAGCUCAGGACAUUGAAUUUGAAACAGGGAGAAUCCUCUUGCCUGCACUUAAACCAUUUUACCAGUCAGGUCCUGGAGAAUGGCUCAUAA